AUGGAAUCUAAUGCGCAGGACCAUCAACCUUUGAUGCAGGAAGAUAAUUCAGACUGUGAGGAAUACUUCAACCAUGCUCUAGAUGAUUCCUCAUCGGGAUACGAUUCCACGGAUAUUGACGUAUCAGACGUCGAUUCAGAUAAAUCUAUGAUGUCACAAAAUGCAUCGUGUCCGUCUAAACAAAGACCCACGUACCAAAAUGACGAACAGCAAGUGCAAGCACACGUCAGUAGCACGAAGUCCUUGUGCGAGAGUUUGAAGCUAAUUCGCGACAUGCCCGAGAUGUGUGACGUCACAUUUCUCGUUGGAUCAGACAAAACACCUAUACAAGGUGUACGCUCAAUUUUGGCUACAAGAAGCAAAGUAAUGUACCAGCUAAUUUACAACAACAUCAAGAAAUUAGAAGGGCGGCCAUCCUUCGGAUUACGUCUGACGAUACCGAUACACAAGUACGAUGCCGAGGUGUUCCGAAUGUUGAUACAGUUUAUUCACUGCGGGACCGCUACCAUCAAUGAUCAAACUGUUACAGGUCUGCUUUGUGGCGCGUGUCAGUUCGAGCUUUGGGACCUGGAGGUGGCCUUCUGGCGAUACCUCAGAGUACGGCUCAUUUCGGGGCACGAGGAAACGAUCAUCGAUGGCUCACGGAAGUACAAACAGCAUCGGAAAUAUGCCUUUAUCAUGGAACAGAUAUACAAGUAUUUGGAUGAGAGAUAUAACGACCGAAAGAGUUCCCUAGUCGUAAAGAUCCACGAAACAGAGGUGUAA